AUGUCGUGGCGUAACCAGGGAAUCACAGGAUCUAACAACAUCCCGCUUGGCAGUCGCCGCAGGUUUGGCGGUGAUGAAGACAAUAAAAGCGAGGACUCCGCUUCAGUGUCAACCCCAGAUGCUGGAUUCAAACGUGGACGGAGUCCUGUCCGAGCUGAACCCCCCGUUGACGGGGUUAAGAAGCGCAAGAAGCGCAACCGAUGGGGGGAUGCAGAGGAAAACAAAGCCGCUGGCCUCAUGGGCCUGCCAACCUUGAUCAUGGCGAACAUGACGAAUGAGCAGCUUGAGGCAUAUACUCUUCACCUACGCAUCGAGGAAAUCAGCCAGAAACUUAGAAUUAAUGACGUUGUUCCCGCGGACGGAGACAGGUCCCCUUCUCCCGCUCCGCAAUACGAUAACUUCGGUAGGCGUGUGAAUACCAGGGAGUACCGCUACCGGAAACGCCUGGAAGACGAACGCCAUAAGCUUAUAGAAAAGGCCGUGAAGGUCAUCCCUAACUAUCAUCCUCCGUCGGACUACAGACGUCCGACUAAAACACAGGAGAAAGUCUAUGUGCCCGUGAACGACUAUCCAGAGAUUAACUUCAUUGGCUUACUUAUCGGACCUCGUGGCAACACCCUCAAGAAAAUGGAAACAGAGUCUGGUGCAAAAAUUGCCAUUCGGGGCAAAGGCUCCGUCAAAGAGGGCAAAGGUCGAUCUGACGCGGCUCACACUAGUAACCAGGAAGAAGAUCUUCACUGUCUAAUCAUGGCAGAUACCGAAGAAAAGGUUAACAAAGCGAAGAAGUUGAUUCACAAUGUUAUCGAAACUGCUGCAUCGAUUCCCGAAGGCCAAAAUGAGCUCAAACGAAACCAGUUGCGAGAGCUGGCGGCCCUUAACGGAACGCUCAGAGAUGACGAGAACCAAGCUUGCCAAAACUCAUUAUUUGUCGCGUUUGCGGAAAUGCCCGGACACAUGGCCAAGGAUUGUCCGGAUCGCCAGAGAGGAACUGAUUGGCGCAAUCAUGGUCCUCCCGUGCGUCGUGAUGGUGGCGAUGCUGUUGACCGUGAGAUGGAGCAACUCAUGCAAGAACUUGGGGGUGCACCGCCAAGCGAUGAUAGCAAACCUCAGCGUCGCAUCGAGGCUGGUCGUGGGAGCUAUGAACAAAAUGACAAUUAUCCUGCAGGCGAUCGUCCAUUGAAACCAUGGGAGCGGGGUCCGACCGGUGGACCUGCCCCUUGGCAACGACCAAGGGAGGACCGGCCACCUCGUGAUGAUUAUCCUCGCGAGCAAGGAGCACCACCCCCCUGGGCAGCCCGUAACGAUCGUGGUGAUCAUGGUGGCGACCGUGGUGGCCGAGAAAGUCGAGGGGGAAAUGGCUAUGGAUAUGGAUCUCACGGCAGCAGUGGGUAUAGCGGAGCCGGUGGACCUGAUGGACACACCGCAUCGGGCGGGCCACCUCCCUGGCAGCAACAGCAGCAGCAACAUCACCACGCACCGGCUCCAGUGCCACCCCCUGUUCCAGCAGCUUCGACAGGACAUGCAGGCUACGGGUACCCUGGUUAUUCAGCCUUCCCGCCCCAUCAGAAUAUGGGAGCCCCUCCCGGUCUCAAUGCAGUGCCACCUCCACCUCCUCCAGGGAUGGGAGCCAUGUUCCCUGGGUAUGGUGCCGGAAGUCCACCCCCACCCCCACCUCCACCUCCAGCUGAUGGACCUCCACCACCUCCUCCGAGUGACUUGCCACCUCCUCCCCCUCCAGCGUAA